AUGUUUGACGUUCAGCUGGGCUGCGCUGCGUGGGGUGAGAAAAUUCGUGGUGGUGGGGGCAUUGGUAGUAGUGGAGGUAACGGUGGCUAUGAUCAGUUCAGCAAAAUGUUUGCACCGGAUUCGUUUGGUCUGGUACGACCGAACCUCCACUCAAGCCCCAUGGGUCUUCCACAUCGGUCACAGGCACCGGCCAUACGAUUCCCUCCCCUCAUUUUCCCCACGCUUGCUCACACCAUCCCUACGACUACUAAAAGUGAUGAAAUGGAGAAUGCUCACUUACCCAACCAAAAUUUCUUUCAGAUCAUCCAGACGAUGCUGGGGAGCUGCGGAAUAAAGAGCUGUGAGGAAAUGGUGGAUGAGAGCGUUCCAGUGGCCUGUCCAUCGGGACCCGAAGUGACUAAGGAGGCUGUGGCGGGGCGUCAGCCCUCACUGGAACUGGUGUUGGACGCGCAGAACGUUAUGGAGUCCUCCAGCAGCACUCCACCCUCCAUAAUAGAUACAAAGAGGACCUCUCCUACCAGUCCUUCCUCUCACUCCUGGCCUUCCGUCUCCUCCCAGAUCAGCAAGUCCAGCGCACAAAAUCCCACACAUGCACUUGAUGAAUCGGAGGAGCGACUGAACUCCAGUCAGAUGGAAAUUUUCACCGACUCCAUUCAACCAGACACAGAUGGCAUCUACUUUUGUCACCUGUGUGAAUACACUGUUGAAAGCCGAGGAGUGAUGGCCACAGACGCAGGUGGUCCAUGGGGUACAAAGCGGGUGAUCGUCGGGCGACAUGCGUGCAAGAGACCGUGUCUCCGACGUCUAGACACUUUGCCUACCGCUCCCUCCCCUGCAGGCGAAAAAACGGCUUAUGGUCACAACAAGUGCCCCUGCGGUAGCGCGAGUUGCCCGAAAUGUGACUAUACGUCGCGUACAGAGGGUCGUCUGCGGCGACACAUGGAAGGAUUUCACUCGGCCGUUCCUCCGGAAAAUUUUUCGGGCAAGUCCUCUAGGCCCCCCAACAAAUUGAAGCUUCAACGUUGCAAACAAUGCGACUACGUGGCUGAAACAAAAACAGACUAUUGGCAGCACCAGCGAACUCACAUAAAAGCGGACCGACAGUUGCAAUGCACGCAGUGUCCGUUUGUCACGGAAUACCGACAUCACCUUGAAUAUCACAUUCGCAAUCAUCUGGGUUCGAAGCCCUACAAAUGCUCCAAGUGUAAUUACGAGUGUGUCAACAAAUCCAUGCUCAAUAGCCACAUGAAAUCGCAUACUAAUGUGUACCAGUACCGCUGCGCUGACUGCAACUACGCCACAAAGUAUUUCCACAGUCUAAAAAUUCAUCUCACCAAGCACAAACACACGCAGGCUGUGGUUCUGAACGUGGAUGGAAGUCUUCCGGAGAGAACAAAUGCCCUACUGAUUAAACCGGACCAAGUGGCCCCACCGAUGAGUCAACCAUCCCCUCUUCCUGUUACUCCUAUGCUGCCCCUCUUUCCUCCUCCCCCAAUCAACCUCCAACCUGAGAUACCUUCAGAUAGGUCUCAAGAAAACCUUGCAUUAAUGACUGCAUUUGUGCUCUCCAUGCAGCAGCAGGCUUUUCCCCAGACGCCACCACCCCCCUCAACAUCCUUUCCACCACUUCUCAAUUUACCAUUUAAACCCGAAACACCAGCGCUGUAUAUGACAGAGGAUGAUGUACUGGAUCUCUCAGCCCCGAAAACGGAAGCUAGAGUGCAGGAGGAAAAUAUGCACACUUCCUUGGCGAAAUAUGAAUGCGGAUAUUGUGAAAUCAUAUUUAAGAACGAAGCUCUCUUUGAACUGCACAAACAGUUCCAUGACCCCAAAGAUCCUUUCCGCUGUAAACGAUGCGGUAUUCGUUGCAAAGACUCAGUGGACUUCUUCAAUCACAUCAAUGAGAAGGAACAUGGUGGUGGUAGUGCUUGA